GGCAGUUUCAUCACACAACUGAACCAGUUCUUAUGACAAGUAGCAAGCAGAUGCUUAGCUCUAGCCUUGACUUUAUUUGCCCUCACUUUGUUUGUACUAUUUUAAUUGUUUCGUGUCACACUUAUCUUCAUCUCUAGUAAUCCAGUGAGUCAGGUACUCUGCACUGUUCUGAGAAGUGCUAAACAGUUGUCAGAUGUUUAUGUGAUUACAAAUUAUUUGUUGAUAAGGAAUGCUGGUGCUGACCAUAGGACUGGUUUUCUGCGCAGUUGGCGCACUUGGUCUCAUACCGCCUAAUAACGUCUGCUAUAAACACGUGGACAUCCACGAUGCCUGUGUCUACGGGAAUCUCUCUGUAGCUGUCAUUGGCAAAACGUUGAGGCCUCGAGAUUGCAACAGCCACAUCAAUGUAAAGGAAAUAAAUAACCCUCCCUAUCUCUACAUCAACUCCACAAAUGCUACUGACAGGUUCACUGUAAUAAUGGUGGAUGCUGGUCCCCAAGGAAGAGGUCCUGACUAUCUUCACUGGAUGGUCACCAAUGUAUCGAUAAACACACCAAACUACCAACAUCUAUCACCAAUUAAUAUUAUUGUUGAUUAUGAGAAACCGUUGUUGAUGAUGAGAUCGCCAACACUGAUACGUUUUCUUGUGUUCCGUCACGACAACGUGUUGAGAGUCCCAUUCGGGGAACUCUGGGUCACCCGCAAGAGAGACUUCUCCCUCAGCUUGUUGUACAGCAACACAUCGCCUACACUGCGACUUUGCGGUCCUGUGGCGGGAAUUCAGUUCUGGGUCCACGACGACUCGGGCCAGACCGUAUUCCCUCCCGGGGCCCCGCCAGGUCCUGUAUACGUCCCUGUAGUACCUGUCCAGCCUGGCUACGUGCCAGUGGGAGUUGCUCCUGUCCCUGCCCAGUCCGGCUACGCCCCUGCUCUUGCCCAACCCGGUUACGCUCCCGCCCAACCCGGUUACGCUCCCGCACCACAACCUGGUGUUAUACCCAGCAACCCUCAACACACAUACACGAAUUUUCCCAAGAAAAGUGCGGCGGUGAUUUCGCAUCCCCUUCAAUGCCUUCUAGUACCUGUUCUUAUGAUUGCAGUAUUUUGGAUUAUUUAAUUGUUUUAGUUGAUUUAUAUAAUGCUGUUGUGUAAUGUAAUUUUUCAUAAUCCAUUGUGGCUAGUAUAUGAGGUCAAUUUAAUUUGUGAUUUGUAUGUGAUAAUGUAGUAUAUUAUGUAUUUAAUUUAACAUAUGUAACAUCAAAUAUUGUUAUAAUUUAUUUUAAAAUUAAUUACAUUAGUUACAUAUACUAUUCUAUGAAUGUGCAUUAUACCGACAGUUUUAAGGGUUAAUUUUAUGAAAGUUUGAUUAAGCUGAUAGCAGCUUUAGAUUAUUCAACAAAAAACUAUCGUUGGUCUGAAAAUUGUAUGUUCAGCUAUAUGAGAUUUUAGGUAAGUACGUGGUAUGUUUUCUUAUACCAAAUAAAAAUCGUCCUUAAUUUUCUGUGUAGCACACAUACUAGCACGUCAGGUGUUUACAUUGCAAUGUAUCUAAGGUUUAAAUUUUGGAGGACUCAAAAUCCAUAUCAUAUUCCAUGGGGUUGAGGCCAAAUGGAAACUUCUUAUUUUCAUCAUAAUUCAUUAAACAUAAAGGGCGUUUGAAAAUGUAAAUGGAAACUCUGAGAAAUGGGUAAAUGGGUGGGACAAAAAUGUGUUCUCUUUUAUUGCCCAAUCUCACUUUUGUUAACACCUACGUUAAUAUUUGAACAUUUGUAACUCAAAAACAGUUGAAGUAUUUAUAUUAUUAUUUCUUAACUCAGACUACAAAGUUAUAACAUAUUGUUACUGCUUAAAAAGAAGGGUAAUAUUUAAAUGUUGAUAUUAAUUUCCAUAAAUUGCGACAAUACAGCAAAAAUAUAAUAAAACUACAAAAUUAUACAACAUUUCAAAUGUUUUCUUUGUUCUGAUCUAAUAAAAACUUAGCGUCAGAUUAAAACUAUAGGACACUAUAUAUUUUAUUCAUCUUAUGAAAUUGAAUUUAACAAAAUUUAAAUAGGCUUUACGUACAUUAUACUUAAAAAAUAAAAAUGUAGCCUAUUUUGCAAUUAAAAAUUAAUUUCUUGAUAAAUUAUUAUUUUUUGAAUGUUUCUAAACAUAAUAAAUAUCUGUACUAAGGUAUACAAAUUUUCCCAUUCGUUUUGUAUUAGGCCUACUUCGGUUUAAUUUUUUUUAAAUUGAUACUUUUUUGAAAUCGGACUCACUUUGAUCUAAUAUUGAUCUAAAAUGUUAUAAUUAAAUGGGCUUUUCUACAUAAAAGCUGUCUGCAAUAUGGUGGUAAAAUAAAAUUCGUAACUAUUUCAGAUAGUUGGUAAUUCUGGAUUUCGUUUCAAUACUAGAACAUAUAAAUAAAAGGAGUAGUUAAAUUUGAAUUUUCGUUUUGUAAUUGUAGUGCCACUGAAAAUCAAUAGUUAUUUUGAAAUGUAGAAAGUUUUUUUCCAGAAUAUUAAGGAAAAUUUUGUACCUAUUACAAGUUACCUCUGUCUUCAUUUCCUAGGCACCAGUAAUCUAACUAAACUAACUAGCGAAUUUAAACCUUCCUAUUACACCCUUCAACACUUUUCCUCUUUCGUUUUCUCUUAGUAACUGUUUAUUUAAUCUCAAUCAUAAAUACUAAAUGAAAAUAUGUUUUUAGGGUACAAAGCAUUUUGACACAAAAAAUAGUUUUGUUUUUACCUCUUUAGGAAUACAAAAUAUAUCUGACCUAGUAAAAUAAUCAUGUGCUUUUGUUUAUUACAGACUUGUGAAUUAUUGGACAAUGAGUCUUUCAAUAAAGAAUAUUUUAAAGUGUGUUUUAUAUGGGUUUUUGUUUUGAAUCGUUUUAAACGUUGCCUACUAUUUUCGUAGUUUGUUCAUACAAAAACUUUAUGCUAUCAUAUUUAUAAUACUGAAAGUUGACAUAAUUAAUUAUGGGAAAUGAAAACAUGUUGUUGUUAUGUAACGCAAUAAAAUGUUGUUUAAACGAA